GGAGCUGCAGCACAGAGCAAGCACGCCAGAAAUGAGGAAAUGAAAUGGCAGCCUUGAUGGAAAUCAAACCGCAGCGUGUGGCGUUAGGGUGGAUAUUUUGCUUUGGAGGUGAAUGUGUUGGAAAAUUACUGUCCUUGUGCAGUGCCUGUGGGCCUGGGGCAGUGCAGGAGCAGUAUAAAAGGGGAGCUUCUCCUUGCUCUCUCAUUCACUCCUCUCACCUCCAUCUCCUUGGCAUCAAGGUGCAUCUGCAGCCCCAAGCCAUGUCCUGCUACAGCCCGUGCCGGCCCUGCCAGCCCUGUGGCCCCACCCCGCUGGCCAACAGCUGCAAUGAGCCCUGUGUCAGGCAGUGCCAGGACUCCACCGUGGUCAUCGAGCCCUCACCUGUGGUGGUGACCCUGCCUGGCCCCAUCCUCAGCUCCUUCCCACAGAACACCGUGGUGGGAUCCUCCACCUCUGCUGCUGUUGGCAGCAUCCUCAGCUCUCAGGGAGUGCCCAUCAGCUCUGGGGGCUUUGGCCUCUCCGGCCUGGGCAGUGGCCUCUGUGGCUCCAGGGGCCUCCCCUGCUGA